CUGGAUGUCCGCCGCCAUGAUUGUUAGUGGCAGUGAAGCCUGAGUGAGGAGGAGGAGCAGCUGCGGAGGCUCGGUCAGCGGGAGUCCGGCUCAGAGUGCGUGUUGUCCGGGGAGAGUCAUGGUCCAGACGUGCUCAGCCUACGGAUGUAAGAACCGUUACCACAAAGACAAAGAUGUCUCCUUCCACAAGUUUCCUCUGGCGCGUCCAGAUGUUUGUGGGAAGUGGGUGGCAGCGAUGAGGAGGAACAACUUUAAGCCGACGAAGUACAGCAACAUCUGCUCACAGCAUUUCACCGAAGACUGCUUCAAGAGAGAGUGCAACAACCGAGUGUUGAAGGAGAACGCCGUGCCGUCACUUUUCACCUUCAGCCUCAGCAUCAAGUCGGAGUCUCUGGACACUCCGUUCCCCUCAGAGAUCCACUUCCCUCUCUCUCUGCCGCUGACCUCUGACCCGGUGGAGGAGGAGGACCCUGAGCCUGGGAGGAGCCUGCCCGACACGAUGGUGGUGUCCUGCGACCACAACUACACGGCGGAGGACUCUGUGAGGCAGAAGAGGCGCAUCGAGCAGCUGGAGGAUCAGCUGGAGCGUCUGAGGAAGAAGCUGAAGACGACGCAGCAGAAGUGUCGGCGGCAGGAGCGACAGCUGAAGAGGCUGAAGGCCGUCUGCAAGGUGCCCAGGGCCGCGCGGGAGGCGCCCGCAGCGUUUGGCGAGGGAUACGUGAUUUUACCCAAACAAAUGUACCAGACACUCCGAGGUAUCGAGUGAUGAGGAGACGAGUAAAAAUCAGAUGAAACAUUAGAUUGUGCUGCAGGUUCAGUCUCGGGACUGUGAGCAGACACAAGCUGCUGAGCAGGAAUCUGGAGGAGUCGAUGGUUUAGGAACAACGACGCAGGAGCUGGAUAAAACAAACUCUUACUCUUCUUCUCUUUGCAGAGAAAAUGACAUUAAAUGAGCAGCUCAAUGUUUUGGAUGAAUAUCGACACUGGUGCAGUGACUCCAGGAAUCACAGACUGUCAAUGAAGAUGGACGACAAGACAGCUCCCAAAAGUGAAGCCAAAGUAUUACGAUCGCCCCCUGGUGUCUGGCUGCAGUAUAGCUCAUAACCCUCCUCCAUGUUAGCAGAUGGGACAUGAACCAAACU